GUUGCUGUCAAAACGAAAAUUAACGCGAAGUGUGCGCGGUGCGGUAUUUGAUCUAAUGAAAAUUUAUAAUUCGAAUUAAAACGUAAAAUGGCCCGUAAAAGAACAACAGCAGCUAAAAAGCGUGUUUUGCGCAGUGCGACGAACAAAAAUAUACAGUUUUUAGUUGAUAAACUUCCGGAAUUAAAGAAACCGGAUGCGACUGCUGCGAGCAUUCAUCCCAAGAAAAAAGUUAAAUUCGUCCAAUCAUCGUCAAUCGACCUCGAAGAUGACACCACAAUUCACACACAUACACUUCCAAAUAAAAUCAAUAACAUCAGUUCUGCUGGUUCAGAUACCGACAGUGAUCAAGGUUGGAACGGCUCUCCAGCGCUUCCAUCAUCGAAGCCGUUGAUCCGGACGUAUCGCCGGAGGAUCACGAUUGAUCAGCUGAUGGAAGAUUGGGAAAUCGAUGACCAGGGCAAUUUGGAUGGGGAUGAUAUGAGGACUGAUUUGCAAGAACUCCCGGUAUCAACUAGGGAGGAUUUCGGAACUGUUGGCUGUACAUGCGGAAAGGCAGAAGAGGCUGAAAAGUACAAAAAACUGUACGAAUCUUUGCGGAAGGCAGUCCUUGAAAAUAAACAGAUUGAAGGAACGCAUAACGAUUCGGGAACACAGGUGCAAGACGAGAAGCACACAACACUUAUUAAGGAUAAUGCCAAAUUGACGGCGCAGAAUGCCAAACUGCAAGAGGCGUUAACUUCUAAGUUGUUGCCGCAACCCGAAGUUCCAUUCAAAGAUGUUGAUGGUGACUUCUUGGACGCUGAUACAAUUCGCCAACUUUCCGUGGAAGCUGAUACUGAUUAUCUCUUCGUCAAAUUCCUCAUGAUGCGACUUUGGCCAGAGGGAUUUGUGGGGCGUUCGGUUACGGGCCGCCCGUCCAACAAUCCCUCCGGUCGAUCGAAAUUGGCUAAAACAGCUCCGAAUGAAAAUGCUACACAUCAAACUGAAUCCAACGGGAUUGAAAAUUUCACUGAAAAGACGCCAAAUACCAUCGAUAAUUUUGGCGAAAAAACGCAAACCUCUAAACGCCCACUUGAGAAGGAAAAAGUGGAAUUUGUCUUAUCUUGCAUCUAUAAUCGUCGCCUCUUCUUGCGUGAUGAUGGUUACACAGCACAGGUUCAUUCCAAAGCAGGAACAUCACUGAUGACUCGAGUGAUUGCGAAUUCGGUACGCAAAGGAGCUAAACAAUGAUAUAUUUUAAUUGAUAUGCAUUUGAGGCGGUACAAUGCCUUUUUAAUAUGUAAUUUGCAGUGAUUGUUUUUUUAUUAGUCAGUAAGUCAUCUGAUUCUUGUUUUCGGUAAAUUCAUAUGAGUUUAUUUUAUGAUAAAAUGAGUUUAUUAAAUGAUAAAAUCAAAAAAGACAUAAUUUUGAGAUAAAUUUGGCAUAAUAAAGCAGUUUAAAUAAUCAA